GCCUGAGCAAGAGCAGACGGAGUGAGGUCCUCCAGUGAAGGACUGUGCUUGGCCCAGAGCACAGCUGAGGGCAGGUGGCCACGCAGCUCAGCCCCAGACAGAGGGAACGCAGGGGGUGUGGUGCCAGGGCGGCAGGACGGUGGGUUGGGAAAGGGGUGAUCCCAGGGCCUUAUCUUUGAGAGCAGAUGUGUUCUCUUAAACGAGAGGAGGGGUUGAGGCCAGGUUUAUGUCCUUCGAGAACUGGGAGGAGAGAUGAUCCAGAUUCGGGGUGCUCCUGAGUGCAGCGCAGUGCCCCAGGCCCUGUGAUGAGGAUGAUGAUAAUGAUGAGGGGCGGCCACUGUUUGUGGCUGUCCUGUUAGGUGCCACAUGCCGGGCUAGGUGCCCCUGCACCUUGUCCCCGGUCCUCGCGGCCCCGAUGGAGACUGGGGCUCCUUGAGGCGCCAGGACCCAGCUGAGGCUCGGGCCGGGGUCGUGCUCCUCCCACUGCACAGCUCUGCCGUGCGUGAGGAGGAGGGACCCCCUCGUCCAGGUGCAAGGACAAGGGGUAGGUGCACUCAGGUCCCCUGCAAUCAUGUGCUGUCUCUCUAUCCCUCGGCGCCUCCUUCUCAGCUAUAGAGCGGGGUGACGAAGCGCUGCCUUACUGGGUUAUGUGAGGAUCGAAUCCUGUGAUGUGUUGAUUGUGCCCACCCCAGUGCCUGGCAUGGAGACGGUGCGUGCGCCCUGGUACCAGUUGUUCCUGCUCUGGUUCCUGGUUUCUCUAGGCCCGGGUCAGGGUCGGGGGGUGUCUGUUGAUGGUGGAGAGCAGUGGGGCAGGAAGGGGUCAGAGGAGAGUGGCGCCCAAAGGGGUCGGGAGGAGACAGCUGCCAGGACCAUGUGCGAUCACAGGGCGCCCCCAGCGCUGAGCUGAGGUCGGAUACCAAGGGUUUGUGCUCAGCAGCCCCAGGGUGGCAAAGCCCAGGAUGUCCCUGUCUGUGCUGGGAGAGGGGUAGAGCCAGCUCACUGAGUCGUCCAGCCGAGGGGCCCCUCGCCAUCUGUGCUCUCCUGGGGCUCAGUGACCUCCGAUGUAGAACUGACCACAGGCUGUCCUGGCCAUGCCUUUCUCUAGCUAUCCCCGCCCUCCUCUCUGAGGUCCCCAACGACUCCACGUGAUGAACACGUCAUCCUGACCGCCGGCCCCUUCCUUUGUGCCCGUCAGCUGACCGUGUAGUGACAGAGGAGGAGGAGCCAAGGCUCUCUGUUCCCCCACUGUCCAGGCCUGGUGAGGCCCAAGGCGCUCUGGGGAGAUGAAGUUUGGCUGCCUCUCCUUCCGGCAGCCUUAUGCAGGUUUUGUCUUAAACGGGGUCAAGACCCUGGAGACGCGUUGGCGUCCUCUGCUGAGCAGCCACCGGAACCGUACCAUCGCCAUCCACGUUGCUCACAGGGACUGGGAAGACACCGCAUGGAGGGAGCUGCUGGCGGAGAGGCUUGGAAUGACCCCUGCUCAGAUUCAGGCCUUGCUUCUGGAAGGGGAAAAGUAUGGCCGUGGCGUGAUUGCUGGGCUUGUUGACAUUGGGGAAACCGUGCAGUGCCCAGAGGACUUAGCUCCUGAUGAGGUUGUGGCGCUGGAGAAUCAAGCUGUACUGACCAGCCUGAAGCAGAAGUACCUCACCGUGCUUUCAAACCCCAGGUGGUUACUGGAGCCCAUACCCAGGAAAGGCGGAAAGGAUAUCUUCCAGGUAGACAUCCCAGAGCACCUGAUGCCCUUGGGGCAGGACGCCUGGCGAGUGCAGAAGGUUACCGAGAAACCGGCUAAAUCGUGACCCAUCGACUGACCGUCAUGCCUCAGACCUACAAGCCAGGUUCAGUCUGAAUCGGCCCUGCCACUGUGUGCUGUUCGUGGAAACAGGUCUCUCCACUCAGAUGCAGGGGACAGGGCAGCGGGACUUUCCUCGUGAGAUGCCUGUCUGGGCUCGCCGGCAGUCUCCAGGACUUCGACGUUCGGGAUAAAGGGGAAGCGGCCAGUAAAUGUCUUGGUGCCGCCACUACUUGAGUCCUUCUGAUUUCCGGGUCGUACAAAGACAUAGGUCUGAAGACGACCGGUUCGUGUUUCCUCCUCUCGUUGUUCUGCUCAGAACUCAUAGGACGUUUGAACAGCAUCCAGGGGACCUUGUGGGAAGGCUGGGAGCGGGCGCUAAAGGGGUGUGCAGGGGUGGCCAGCCACGGGUGCCCCUGUUCACCAUGACGACAGCAUUAGACUGAGACACAGCAUCCGUCUGUUCUUACAAAUGACUCUUGCUCUGUUGUCAAAGCGUCCCUUGGCCCAUGAAGUAUGCAUGUUCGACACAUCCCACAGCUAGCUACUUCAUGGCCAAAGGAAGGAUCCUAAAUACAGCACCGAUGGGAAAAUGA